UUCUUUGCUCCGAGCAGGAAGUCGGGUGAUCGCCUGCAAUAACCCCGUGCAACGGACGCUUUUCCUCGCCAGUAAUCUGUGUCACCUCGCCGGCAGUGGAGAAACAAUAAUAAAGAAUUCACCAGUUUUCCAGCCUCUAUAUUAGUCACUAUGACUUAAAAGUUUCUAUUUUUAGGGGUUACUUUAAACUACGGCAAAAUGUGGAGGUUGGGGAGGCCAUCAGGAACAGAAGUGUUAAGAAAAUGCCACAGCUCACCAAGAGAUGUGUGCUGCAAACUUAACACCAGAGCUCUUCAAAGAACUGAAAACUUAAGCCUUCAAUCAGAUGGCAUCUAUGGUAGCUUAAAGGCACAUCCAUACUCGUUUUCUGUCAAGACAUCAAGGUCUUGUCAAAGUACAUGGAGAGAACUGAGAUCAUCGUCUGCUUGUUCUUCCAUCUCUGGGUUCAAUCCCAGGUUCUUUUGCACUUAUGAGUCUGUCACAGAUCCCAUUGAGAUCCACAAACAGAAGCUGGCAUUAUGGUUCAAUCACCUCCCUCAAGAGGAGAAGCAGUUCGGUGGCUACUUUUCUCCUGAAACCAUGCAUGUAAAGCCGCUCAUCCUAGAGCGUCAUCCUGACGAGGAUCGAGGUCUUCCACUGAGUCCCUUCAAGGCAAACGCAAACAUGUCCAAACGUCCCUCUCUCUCUGUAGAGCAGCUCUUUGAGCCCAGUCCUGAUGAAAACAAGGCACGAGGACUAAAUGUUUUGCUUUACGGAGCUGUCGGCACAGGGAAAAGUACUGUUGUCCGUAAACUGGUGCUGGACUGGUGUGCUGGAUCCGCUUUGUCCCAGUUCAAACUUUUAUUGCCUUUCUCCUGUGAAGACCUCUCGCAUUUAUCCAAACCAACAUCCCUUCGAGACCUCGUGGGGAGAAAAUACAUGCACCUUCGCAAGACACCGUAUCUUAGUGGAGAUACUGACAAAGCGAAGGAUGUCCUCUUCAUCUUCAAUGGAAUGGAGAAGAUGAAGCUGGACUUUCGCAUCGGCUCGACAGAGCUAUGCAGCGAUCCCAAUGAAGCUCUCCCGUCGGGAGCUGUUGUUGUUAAUCUACUCAGGAAGUACCUCCUGCCUGAGGCCAGCAUUUUAGUCACAACCAGAUUGUCUGCCGUGGACAGAGUACCAAAAAAAUACGUAAAACGCUUCGUACAAAUUUGUGGCUUUAAUGAUCCUGAUCGCCAGAGAGCCUACUUUACCAGCAGGCUCCUGCAACAGAACGGAGAGAAGCCGGGAAGGACGGCCGAGUCGCUCAUAGAGAUGAUUUACUUAAACCUACAGCGAGAGAGUCAGUUAGCCACAGCAUGCUUCUUACCAUCUUACUGCUGGCUUACAUGCGCCAGUCUUCAUCUGUUGCAUUUUACGGAUGCGAAGGCACCAAUUCGAACCCUCACUAGCAUCUACACAAGCUUCAUGAGACUCAAUUUUGGAGGAGAGGUGAUAGCUACAGAUGGAAAUGUGUCUUCGCAGGAUCAGCAGAACUCACUCAUGCUCUACGUGGUUCGUACUGUUGGGAAGCUGGCGUUUGAUGGGAUCACAAACAAGCGGACAUCAUUCUCUGCUGAAGAACUGGAGCAGUGGGUUGGUGGUAAGACCAAGACGGAUGAGGAGCUCCGGCAACUGGCGGUGUUUCGCACAGACGUUCUCGACUUCUUCCUGGUGCCAAGUAACGAGAACGGCUCAGAUCCCGAGUCUGCUGAUAGACGCUAUGUGUUUGCCGUCCCUGCCAUGCAGGAAUAUUUCGCUGCUCUUUAUGUUGUUCUCGGUGAGAACAAAACUGUCCUGGAGAAGUUGACCAGGCAGAUAUCGGAGGUCUUCGGGCAUGCUGGUGAGGACAUAACAAACUUGCUGAGCAUUCUUUCCAAAAUCAUACCUUUCCGCAUCUUCGCCAUUUUUAACUUGCUGAAGCUGUUCCCAAAACUCUUCGAACGAGUCAGUAGCCACAGCAAAGGCCGCAUUGCUCACACGAUGGCGGCGGAAAUGUUUCGUUCUGAGGACAGCUUCAAUGAAGAUGUCCUGGACCAAGUCGAACAAAGUCUGCUGGGAGUUCACGGUCCCCAGCCGCAAAUAGAAAGUGACACUAGGGCAUUUGAACUCUACCCUAUUUUCAUGGGCGGACUUCUUCAUUAUGGCAACAGGAGACUGUUGGGGCAGCUCGGAUGCGACAUCAAGAGUCAAACGGUCUCACAGAUCACCCGGUCGCUGAGGAAACACCUGAUCAAGGAGAGUCGUAAGAAGCAGCCUCCUGAGGAGCUAAUGGACCUCCUGGUUUUACUUUAUGAGUUCCAGAACCCUCGACUUACAGCCGAAGUGCUGCAGUCUAUCAAGACCAUCAACUUGUCUACUGUGCGCAUGACCCCUCUCAAGUGCUUUGUGCUCAGCACAGUACUGGGUUGCACUCGCUCGACUUUCCAUCUGGAUGAGCUCAACCUCUCCUCCUGUCACAUCUCUCCAGACCUGCUGCAGAUGCUUUGGCCGGCCUUCCAUCACACUAGCAACCUCAAUUUCCAGUUUAACAGCCUGGGUCCCGAGUCCUGCAUUCUUCUGCGAGAUCUGCUAUUAGAGCCCAACUGUACAAUUAAAUCAUUACAGUUGUGUGAUAACCACUUGACGGAUGCAGGCGUCAGUCAUCUACUAGAGGCUCUUUCUGGUAACCAUUCUCUUCAGCGACUGUCGCUGAUGCACACAAGCCUCGGAGACUCAUCAGCACAUCUGCUGGCUGACAGACUUGGUCAGCACGAUACGCUAAAGGAACUGAAUGUGGCCUACAACAACAUAGGAGACAGUGCAGCCCUCACACUGGUCGAUGCCUGUCGAGAACAUCCCAGCAUCCACACAGUACAUCUGUACCUAAACCAGCUUACUGAUGUGGGUAAGCAGUCACUCUACGUGCGCGGUGGUCCUCGGGUGAAGGAGGGCAGGCGGGUGAAGGUUCUGGCCUCUGUGACGGAGGGCUCGGACAUAUCGGAGGACUGGCACCCCAUUCUGAGCAUUAUUGGAAAAAAUUCCCUGUCCUGGGAGAGGGAGCGUGUACGUGAGCAGCUUUUAGUGUUCCUAAAAGAUCUGGAAUGGGGUCGGAAGCAGCACCCGAGCUUCUGGAAGAAGCUGCACUUCCGGCGAGUGGAGAGCUUUGUGAGACAAACCCUGCGUGUGCUGGAGAAAAGCAGUGAUACGGGAACAGGAUCUGGGAUGAACUGAUUAGGAAUAGAUGGAAACGGGUCUCAUUUCUCAAGAGCUCUUCCUUCUUUUAAGGGUUAAUUUAGGAAUAAAAUUCCUUAAUUAAAGGGUGCCUCAAUUUCCAAGUAUCUGCCAUUUGAUAAUAGUUAAUUUGAGAGUUUUUAGAGUGUAAAUCUGUUAUGCAUUGUGUUUAUUGUUUAUAUGUAUAAUUUUGCAUUAGGUCAUAUUGAGGAAACACUGUGAUGUUUGAAUUUGAUUUCACUGUUUAAGGAAAAUAGCAAUAUUUGUGUAUUACACUUUAAAAGGUUUGGAUUACUACUUGAAAACUGCACUAUGACAAACGUUGCCAUGCAAAUCCAUUUGUUAUGCAUAUGUGGUCAAAAAGAAUUUAAGGUACUAUCAUGUAAAUGAACAUGUUUCACUUUCCUCUCAGUUAUUUCCACAGAACUGUGGUAUGUCCAAUGGUAUUGUUAACCAAGACACAUACUUAGAAACAAAUGUAUAUUAUAAUGCAAUGUAAGUCGCUUUGGCUAAAAGCGUCUGCCAAAUGCAUAAAUGUCAAGACAAUUGUUGACUACGACUGAAAUGUUCCCAAUAUGCUUGUGCAAUAUUAACAUAUCAUAAUGCAUCUUGAUGCCUUAAAGUGAUAGUUCACCCAAAAAUGAAAAUUCUGUCAUCAUUUACUCGCCCUCUUGUCAUUUCAAACCUGUAUGACUUUCUUCCGCAGAACACUAAAGAAAAUAUUUUGAAGAAUGUUGUUAACUGAAAAGUGACUGAAAGCACUCAUUCACUUGCAUUGGUCUUGUGUCCAUACAAUAGAAGUGAAUGGGUGAGUAAAUGAUGACAGAAUUUUUUAUUAAUUCUUUUGUCAACAUAAAACAAAUGUUUCUUGUGAACUUGCAUAUUGCGACUGAAAUUUGCUGUACAAUCACAGCAAAAUAAAAUAAAAGCGUUCAUCAGAUUUGAGGGUUUUC